UGAAUAAAAAUCGAAACAAAUGAGCAAAAAGCACGCGUAUAUUCAGUUUAGCGAACGCAGGCGCGAUCGUAAAUUACACUAAAGUGCAGUCCUGUGGGGCGCAAGCGCAGUGUAGAGGUGGUAAAGAGAUGGCGUCCACGGCUAGGGGCCAGCUGCAGACGUCUUCUUGCACGCACGCGGACGUGACUACGCGAGGAGAGCUGCUGACCCGAACGAUGUUUUCCUGAAAUAAACGGAAAGCCGAACAUUUUGCACGCUGCUUUGGCAGUAGCUCAAAGCUCUCGCGAGUCUUCUACACUGAUCGCACAGUGGCUGGUUACGGGCUAAGCGAGUGAAGCAGCUCGCAAUAAAAUUGAAUCGUCAAGAGCCGAGAAAAAGCACGACCGUUGUUAUUGAUUGUGCGUGUAUGUGUGCAUCGCGAUUGAUUUCCGAAAUUACUUUGCACGAGGAAAGGACGUCUCUUCCUCGGCAGCUGCUUCAAGAAGUCGUAAAACCCGUGGUCAAGGAGUGUCGAGUGACAUUUGCUUACGUAAUGAAUAUAUUUUUGCGGCCGAAAGUAGCAUUGUUGGAUCGUUGCUGAGCGAGCAUCGCUUCAAUACUUCGGACUGCAGCCGGCUCGCCAAAAUCGUGACAAUACCGAAAUACACUAAGCAUUUCCUAGCUCCGACUCCGACUUAACCGUCCAGUGACCCGAUUUUUAUUGAACAGCGCGCGCGCGCGCACACACAUGAACGUCCUUCCCUUAUCUUUUUUACCUUUUCCCGAUAUCGUUUGGCCUUACCCCAAGGCUCAGCGUGCUUAACAAGCUUUCCUCGAUAAGGGCUGCGAGGGAGCUAGCGAAGUUCAGCGCUUGACCGCGCAAAUUAUGACAAGAGGCGACAAUCAUGGAAAACUUAAAUUGGGAUCCCUCUUUGUCAAAAUUAUUGAGUGCCUUGGAAGCCCACAGAGCUUCUGUACCAAGCUGCUCCGACGAGGAAUUCAAUUUUCUAACAGAUCUGCUGCAGUCCAAGGAAUUAAAUGCACUUGUGCAAAUCUACAACAAGAUCAAAGAUAACAAAUGCUGUGCUAUUCUCUCCAAUGCCAUGGAAAUCAAUGUUGAGGUACUGGGAAUACUGGCAUCCAAAACACAUUCAUCCGAGGAAUUCAAGGAACUAUUUCACUUACUGCAAAAACCUCAUGUGCAGGCUCUUCUCAUAGCACAUGAUACUGUAGCUCAAAAAGACUAUUAUCCAAGACUUCCUGAUAUACCUGUGGAGGUUGAUGAAGAAGAAGAAACUGUAAAAAUUGUGCAAUUGGUCAAAUCUGAUGAACCAUUGUCUGGUACUGGCAUUGAACCAAUAAUGGGAGCAACGAUAAAGACUGAUGAGCAAACUGGUAAAAUCGUGAUUGCUCGUGUAAUGCACGGCGGGGCCGCUGACAGAUCUGGUCUCAUUCACGUCGGAGAUGAAAUACAAGAGGUCAACGGAGUCAGCGUCGAUGGAAAGACUCCAAACGACGUUUUGAAAAUUUUGCAAAAUUCCGAGGGAACAAUUACUUUCAAAAUCGUACCAGCGGAAAGCAAGUGUGUGUUUCGAGAAAGCAAGAUGAGAGUGCGAGCUCACUUUUCUUACAAGGCGUCAGAAGAUCCGGAGACACCGUGUACAGAGGCAGGGCUUGAUUUCGAAGUUGGAGACGUGCUUCACAUCGUUUGCCAAGACGACGCACACUGGUGGCAGGCGAGGAAAGAGGGCGAUCGCAACAUGCGAGCAGGACUGAUUCCUAGCAGGGCGUUGCAGGAGCACCGCAUCAUAAGACAGAGGCAGCUGCAGGAGAAGUCCGAAGACGACAGUAUAAGCUUGUGUUCUGUUGCAGUGCCUUUGCCCAUGCUGUGCCCCCGUCCCUGUACCUCUUCUGUGCAUGACUCGCCGACAAAGUGCGGUUUGCACGCGAUAAAGACUAAAAAAAUCAUGUAUGCCGCUACAGAGAACGAUGACUAUGACCGCGAAGAGAUCCCCACCUACGAAGAGGUGGUGAAGCUCUAUCCCCGCCCGGGUCUUCAUCGGCCGGUCGUGCUCAUCGGGCCACCGGGGGUCGGCAGGAACGAGCUCAAAAGGCGACUCAUGGCCACCGACCCCGCCAAGUACAAGACUCCAGUACCUUACACCUCGAGACCUCCGCGGGCGGGCGAGGUCGACGGCACCGAGUACUUCUUCGUGUCCCGCGAGCAGAUGGACGAGGACAUCAACGCCAGCAAGUUCAUCGAGUUCGGCGAGUACAAGGGCAACCUUUAUGGCACGAGCGCGGAGAGUGUCACCUCUAUUGUCGACGCCGGCUACGUGUGCAUCCUCAGUCCGCACUACCAGGCGCUCAAGAUGCUGCGCACGCCCGCGCUCAAGCCCUUCGUAGUGUACGUCAAGCCGCCGCGGUUCGAGAUCCUUAAGGAGACGAGAAGCCAGUCCAGAGCCAGAUCCACCUUCGACGAAACCAAUUCCCGGGGAUUCACCGACGAGGAAUUCGAGGAGAUCCUGCACAGCGCGGCUCGAAUAGAGUUCCUUUAUUCACACAUGUUUGACGAGAUCAUCAUCAACGCCGACUUGCCGAUGGCUUUCGAGCAGCUGCUCGCUUCGAUUCACAAGCUCGAGACGGAGCCUCACUGGGUACCGGCUUCCUGGGUCUAAAUCCGCCGGACUGGACGCCUAGCGAGAUCGUUUAUACUUUGCGUAGAUAAUUAGCGAGCGAGGUUUCUUUGUCGAACCACGAGUCUCAGUCUGGAUUGAUACUACUGGCACAGAGCGACAUUUGUUGCUCCAAGCGCCUUCAACAUUUUCCAAUUUCAAUGUUCAUCUGCUAAGAUCUAAACUGCGUUGCCUGUCCUUCACUGCCCUUUCAUCAAUUUCGAGCUUUCAAACAUUCGCAUCAACGUUGACUAUCGGUGUUCAAGUGGCGCUACCCAAAUGAAAACUCUUUCGAACGGCAUGCCAUGACUAACCAAUGAGCAUUCGCUACUUCUCUUCGCAACUAACAGCCGAGCAUUUCACUAGCGACUUGCCAGUAGUAUUCCCUAGCGUGGGACGAGCAGAGAGCAGAGAAAUUCUAUUUUUCACUUCUGUGAUUGUUAUCGACUCGUCGUUGUUAUGACUUGCGAUUUUUUAUGUUGUCUUGAAACCUAGACAAAUCUGUCGGGCCAAUGGACGAGGACGAGACGCAACGAUCCAGCAAUUGUUUUCGCUCUUUCUCGGGAUGUACUUCACGUAGAUUGAUUUCCGAAUGCUCCGUACCGAGGCGCUUUCGAAUGCGCAAUACUUGCCUUUAUCGAGUUUUUCUAGACUAUUUUGACGAUCGAAUGCGAGCUGCAGGAGAAAAAGCACUGAGCAGGCUUUACGAGUGCUCUUGUUGAAUAAUAUUCUGCAAUCCGAGAGAAUGAGUACAAUAAGUAUAAGCGUUAAUCUAGAAAUCAGUGCGUCAUUAGGUUUUACGUGCAAUUACUUGAACGUCUUAUCGAGUAUUCGCAAGAAUGCCACAAAAUCCACUGCUGUUUUUAAUAUCAAGAAUUUUUUUAACCUACAAGGAUAUCAAUAUACAUUAUAUAAAAUGUUCAGACUUAUCCGAUAAAAUGAGCAAGAUAAAACGAGUGAAUCUCUUGUACUUUGUGCCAUACAGUACUUUUUAGCUUAUUUAGCGUACAUAUUAAAUAAGCCAACGACUCUCGCCGCAAAAUGAUAUAUGCAUAUAUCAACACUAUUGUGAAUAGUAAUAUAAAAAUUCAAUUGUUGUUAAUUGUUGCCAAAUACACACGUUAGUCAUUGACAAUGUAUAAAUAAAUUAAACGAAAGAUUGGGCUUCUGCAAAGGCUCGACUCGAGUUCAAUAGUUGUUUCGCGUGAAUUUCUACGAAUAUGACAUAUUAUGUCCAUAUUGGAAUAAUGGCCAGUUUAGAGCUGAAUGCUCGGAACUUGAGGCUCGGUAAGCUCGGGCCACUCGAGCUUUUUGUAGAAGCCUAGACGAAGGACGAACCGACAACGUAUAGAUCGCAAAUGAAUUAUCGAGCAGAGAAACGAUAUAUCACGAAAGCAGAGACAGAGAGAACAGGUAUUUUCUACAUUGCGAGCGACGCCGCGGCGCGGUUCGCGCGCGCUCUCGACUGAGCGAAAUGGGUCACGAGGCGCUGUCCAAGCGCGAAAGGCAAAGCAAGGCGGAUCGGUGCGAAAAAAAGAAAAAAAAAGAGCGAGAAGGAGAAGGAGACGAGAGAAAAGAAUGGACAGCGGCGUGUGCGCGCACGCGCUUGAAAAUUCGACGCCGAUUGAAAUAGACGACCUAGGCACAGUUGGCCGUGGGAGCGUUGUCGCCGAUGGGCCUAGACGUUGUCAGUCCGCGGCGAGUGCGCGCCCGCCAACAAGUUGGCAUUUUCUUGCACGUUUUUCAUCUCUUUUUUUUCGCUCUCGCUUUUUCCGUUCGUUUUCUUUGCUCGCCGGUAACCGCGGCAAACGCGAGAUAAGCGCCGUGCCAACGGCCCGACACUAAAAUUAGCCGGCGAUUGCACAAACUGCUCACCGAAAUAGAGAGCCGACGGUCGUCGAGCGACGCGUGUGAUGUGUGACGCGGCUCUAUUUAAAAGUGCAGGCCCGAAUUAUCACGAUAGCCGCACGAUCCGCGUGCGUGUGUGCAUGUGUGCACGUGCAUCGAAUUUCAAGUUGUGUCAUCUAACACGUGCAGCUGCAACUGCGGAGCCGAAGCCGCCGACGUUGUCGAUUAUUAUUGCACCCUCUCACGCGCUCUUACGCGCUCUUACGCGCGCACACGCGACAGGUAUAAAAAGCCAACUCGUCAACAGACCGACUUUCAGUUAUCUUUAGUUUCUUUCUUCGCUCGUUGACCAUUGUGUUUGCCUUACCUGAGUGACUGAGUGUGUGUGUAUACCUACAUAUAUAGAGAUAUAUACACGAGACGAGUAGCCGCCGAGGAAGCGAUUUGAUCUAGACAUAUCAAUAACCAAUGCUCUGUUUGCAAUUACGCUCUUCGUUGACCCUCUUAGCCAAC